AUGUGGGCGAGAAAAACUGAUUCAUUUUUCUUGGCGACAUUAAUUAUUUUCUUGUACUUUACUUGUAAGUCUCAAGCAAGUAUUAGUCUCGGAACUUGUCAUCUCUCGUGUGAUGAGAACGAGAGCCAGCUCCCUUCUCGCGUAACAGGACCGCGUGGACCACCGGGAAAGAGCGGCCCAGAAGGGCCCCGCGGAUUGGUGGGACCACCAGGGUCACCAGGUACUUGCUGCAAAGAUCCAGUUGAACGAAACAAACAGCUUGAACGUCAAGUUCAAGAGUUGGUUGAAUGGAUGUUUCCACGGGACUGUGAUGCUGUAAAAAGUCACGUGAUAUCAAGUGGAACUUACGUGAUUCGUCCGUUCAAUGAAAGUAAACAAGGAGUCCAAGUGUAUUGUGAUCAAGAAACCGGUGGAGGCGGUUGGAUUGUAAUACAAAGAAGACUUGACGGAACUGAAGAUUUUUACCGUGACUGGAAUGACUAUGUCACAGGUUUCGGUUACAAAGAACGUGAAUUCUGGCUAGGACUCGAGACGAUGCAUAGAAUAUCCACCAAUGGUCUUCAUGAGAUUCGAUUCGACUUUAUCACAAGAGACAACAAAAAAUUAUUCGCAAAAUACGGACAAUUUAAAAUUGCUGGAAAAGAAGACAAUUAUCGAAUAACGAUUACCGGAUAUUCAGGAAAUGCUGGCGAUUCGAUGGCGUACCAUAACAAUAACCAAUUUUCAACGGUGGAUCAGGAAAACGACCAGGACACGGGAAAAAAUUGCGCUGAAGUAUACAAAGCGGGGUGGUGGUACAACAGUUGCCAUUUUGCUAACUUGAAUGGUUUAUACGCAGACACGACAUCGAGCAAGGGUUUAUCCUGGUAUAAGUGGAAAAAUGCACACACUCCAUUUGCCAAAUUUGUAGAAAUGAAGAUUAGGAAACGCAGAGACUAA